AUAAACUAUACUAAUCUCUGUCUGCAUUCUCCCCUCGUAUUAAAACACACCACCAAAUCCACAACUUCUCUUCCUUCAUUUCUUGUUCUCAUCAAUCAAUCAAUCUCUUUCUCUCUCUCUCUCUCUCUCACACACACACACACACACACACAAAGACUAUUGGUAUCAUCGCAUCAUCAUCAUCCCAGUUGAAUCAGUGUACUUGCUUGCUUGGCCAUGACCAGAAGAUUCAACAACCACCACAAGUUUGUCAGCGAGCUGGGAGACUCUGAGAAUUCGCCUGAAAACAGCGCUGGAGAGUCGCCGCGCUCCGCCGUGUCUGUUGAUGCCAAGAUCGCCUCUACUUCCUCUUCCAAAAGAAGUAGUAGUAGUAGUAGGCGAGCAAUACAGAAGAGAGUGGUGUCAGUGCCAAUCAAAGACGUACAAGGAUUCAGGCUGAAAGGUGAAUAUCAUAUCACUGCUCCACCUUCUGAUUCCUGGGCCUGGAGAAAAUACGGUCAAAAGCCCAUCAAAGGUUCCCCCUAUCCAAGAGGAUAUUACAGAUGCAGUAGCUCAAAGGGAUGUCCAGCAAGAAAACAAGUGGAGAGGAGUAAACUGGACCCUAACAUGUUAGUGGUCACAUAUUCUUGUGAACACAACCACCCUUGGCCAGCAUCCAGGAACAACCACCACCAUACAGCCUCCGCUUCAGCGGCCGCAGCAGCCUCCACCACAACCGUCACGACUUCAGAAGAGGAAGAGGAAGAGGAAGAAGAGGAGGAGGAGGAAGAGAAAAAACCUAUCAUCACGAGUAAUACAACAAAUCAGUCUCAUCAUCAGGAACUCGUUCCAGAUUAUAAUAAAUUCAAUAAUCUUUGUGAAGUGCCCUUAAUUCAUGCUAGUGAAUUUGGAUGGUUCACUGAUUUUGAGUGCGCGGCUAAUUGCACCAUGCUGGAGAGUCCGAUCUUAACAGAGGACAGAAUCACUACAGAUAAUGAAAUGGCCAUGAUUUUCACAAUGCGGGAAGAAGAUGAGUCGCUUUUCGCCGAUCUUGGUGAGCUGCCGGAGUGUUCAACCGUAUUCCGCCGGGGGAUGGCGCAAAGAGAGGCGGAGCAACGACGGCCAGGCUUGGCGACCACCAGUUGAGUCGAUACCAUGUGCCUGCCCCACCAUUUGUCUUCUCAUAUGAACAGAUUAUUUUGGUUUCAUGAUGAGCAUCGUAAGGUAGAAGAUAACCUAGUUUUUUUCUUUUAAGAAAAGGUCUGCACAUUUUUUAUGUAAUUUGAAUUAUCAUCAGUGUAGCAGUUAGGGAAUAAAUUAAAAAUGUUUGAUUGGGGGGUUGAUGUCAUAA